AUGGAACUCGCGUUCGAGCAACAACCGGAGGCGGGGCCGUCGCGCCCGCCCGUGGGGGCGAACAAACACAAGUGCAAAUGUAUCGAGGCGGACGGUGACCAGUGUGCGCGGUGUCAGCGCCUGGGCAUCGAGUGCGUCUUCCGCGCGCACCAGCGCGGCCGGCCGCGCAAGGAUGGCGCGGUGCCCGGCUCAGCGGCGUCGGCUGGCCGGCCGUCGCCGCGCUCUUCGCCCGCCGCCCUCCAGCCGCCCGCGAAGCGCGCGCGCGCGAGCGGCGUGUCGUUCGGCGCGCUGGUCCCGACCUCCAACGAGCGCUACUCGCUGUCCUCGCCGUCCCGGUCGCCGUCGGUGCCGGCGGAAGAGCCGCCCGCGAACAGCGUGUACCACGACGUCGCGCACCGGUCCAUCUUCAGCAUCGCGGGCGUGAUGGAGCGCGAGAAGGCCGUCGAGGACGCGGCCCCGACGCCGACGCGGGAGGACGAUCCCAUCGGCCAGGGCGUGCUCUCUAUGGACGAGUGCGACUCGCUCUUUGGGCACUACUUUGACCAGCUGCAGACGUGCGUGUGCCUGCUCGACCCGGCGGUGCAUACAGCGCGGUACACGCGCCGUGCGAGCCUGCACCUCUUCGCCGCGGUGCUGGCCGUUAGCUCCAAGUUCUUCCGGCCAGACCUGUACGAGACGAUCCUGGCCAUCGCGAACAAGCUCGUCUCGGACGCGAUAGGCGGGUGCGUCGCGCAGAUAGAGCUCGUGCAGGCCAUUUGCCUGCUGCACUACUGGAAGAAGCCGACCGACGGGUCGGGCUGGCUAAGGCUCGGGCACGCGAUCAGGCUGGGAUACGCGCUGGACCUGCACCUGCCCCGGAGUGGGCCCCUGCCAACCGACGAGCGGGAAGCGCGCCUCGCCAUCGACCGGGAACGGACGUGGAUCUCGCUGUUCUGCUUCGACUCGACCAUGACGCAGCUGUCCGACCGCCCGUCCAUGAUCCACAAGGCGCCGCAGGUGGGCGCGUGGAUCCGCGAGAACCCGUACCCCUUGCCGUCGGACGGGCAGCUGGAUUUCGCGGUCAAGACGAGCACGCUUAGCUCGGAGGUGCGCCAGCUACAGAGCUGUAAAGGCAACUACGAGGUGCUGCGCUCCGGCCUCCGCAUGGUGCUCGACGACCUGCACAGCUCGCACAAGGCGCUGACGGACCCCGACGCGCCGGUGACGCUGACGUCGACAUCGGUGAGCAUCAACAAGUUCAGCACGCUCGCUACGCAGCUGCUGGUGGAGUGCACAAGCCUGUACUUUGCCCCGCGGAAGCACCGCGUCGGGCUACUGCACGCGUGUGUGUCGACGUCGCUUGACCUCCUCGACGUCGUCGUGGAGGGCUUCGCACGCAAGGGCAUCAUGCCAAUGAUCGAGGACGCGCACUCUGUCGCGGUGGCGUCCACUGCCGUCCGGCUCAUCCGGUUCAUGUCGUACCUCGACCAGUCGGCCAAGGCGAGCGUGAUGCGCAAGCUGACCAAGGUGGUGAUCGUGUGCCGGGAAGCCGCGCGCGGGGACCAGGGCUCGCACCCGGCCUAUCUAGCGCGGUUCAUCCACGCGCUCCUCGAGAAGGCGCACGCGUCGCGCGCGCCGUCGCGCGCCACGUCGCCACGGCACGCCCGCCCAGCACGCGCGCUGAGCGCAGCCGAGAUGUCGCCGCUGAAACAAAAGACGACGCCCGACCAGUGGUGGGACGAGAUCGGGCACAUGGCGUACGCCGAGGCGCCGCAGCCGUUCGAGGAGCAGCAGAACUUCUGGGACGGGUUCCCUUUGCUCGCCGGCGCGAUGAGCGGGCUCUCGCCUGCUGUCCCGCGGGUCGAGGACGGCGGCGUCGACCUCGCUGGUGCGUUCUCGGGCCUGCAGUGGGACUCGGCUUGGGAUCUGAGCUUCCUUGGCGUCGGGACGGGGUAGUCGGGACGAAGGCGGCGAUGUAUGCUCAUUGCUUGGGGG